UUGAGUGUCUAUGAAGCAGUGCUUUUUAAGGACUAUCCCCGCUUCCUGUGUCUUUAAAGUGCUGUGGGAGUCUCUCCUAACUACAGGAGGGGGUUGUUGUGCGCCACUUGGAGGUGUUUGCCUGCCUCAAAGGAGCGAUGCAUAUUGAAGGCACAGGAGUCCCCGUUUGAGCUGGAUUCACGCAAAUUCUCGUCACCAGUGUGUAGAGAUACGGAAAGGAAAGGGGGAUACACACAUGGAUGGACAGACGGACGCUGCAAUCUGCAUUCAUUUGACAGCCGGUGCGCGACAUUUGUGGACAUAAUGGGGAAUACGACACCGAAACCGUUAAUAGAUGCGACUCUGCAACCCCGCCCUGUGGCAAGCAGGCAGUACUACACCUUGCCGAACCAUGGGUCCGGAGUUGAGAGACGGUCGGCACAUCCAUUUAGCAUCAGUAUGGAGUCGCCCCGCUUUCACCCCAACGCUAAGGGUAAGAAUAUCAGGCUGGACGGGCAGCUUCGCCGCGCCAUUCGCAAGAACAGCUUCUGCAAUGGCAUCACCUUCAGCCACCGCCCUGUCCACCUCUACGAGAAGGUGCGUCUUCGUCUCACUGGUGUGCACACGGGCUGGAGUGGAGCUCUGCGCUUCGGUUUCACCAGUCUGGACCCCAGCGAGUUGAUCGCAUCAGACAUCCCCAAGUACGCCUGCCCAGAUCUGGUGACGCGGCCCGGAUACUGGGCAAAGGCGCUGCCUGAGAGACUUGCCCUGAAAGACAACGUGCUGGCAUUCUGGGCUGAUCGUCACGGAAGGGUCUUCUACAGUAUCAAUGACGGAGAGCCAAUCCUCUUCCACUGUGGGCUCAGCAUCGGCUGCCCGCUCUGGGCCAUCAUAGAUAUCUAUGGUAUCACUCAGGAGGUCACACUGCUGGAAAGCACGUUUGCUGAGAGUGUUGGAUCCAGCUGCCUGAGCGCGGCCCGCCUGAGUGCCUAUCUGCCACAAAGCAGCCACGACUCUGCCAAUUACAGCAACAAUCAGCUGGAGAACAACCAGGCGGCCGCUGCCAAAAUGGCCAACAUCCAGCUCAGUAACUACACUCAGCUUAUCCCUUGUUGCUCUUCCACCUCUUCCUCCACAACGCCAUCCUCAUCUGCCUCCACCGGAUUCAGCGUCUCUCGUGUGGUCCGCAGCCUUCCCUCUCCGCUGGAUAACGACUUGCACUUUCACCCCAUCCGCGGCUCUGACGUCAUACUGUCCGCAGACCGCUUAGCCGCCUGUAUCCACUUUCUGGACAGCAGUCGGACUCUUGUGUUCAGUGAUCGGCCGCUGCACAUGGGAGAGACUUUGUAUGUGGAGGUUGGCCAUCUGGGUCUGCCUUACUUCGGGGCGCUUUUGUUUGGUUUGACAUCAUGUGACCCAGCUAGUCUUCAUGCCGGGGACCUGCCGGCCGACCCUGAGGUUCUCCUGGACCGUAAGGAGUACUGGGUGGUGCACCGCGACUUCCCUAUGCCGUGCGCCGGCGAUGUGCUUAGCUUCAGCCUGCUACCCAGUGGAGAGGUGCACCAUGGUGUGAACGGAGUUGGACGAGGCAGGCUCCUUUGCGUGGAUUCCUCUCAGGUGCUGUGGGCCUUCUUCGCCCUGCAUGGGGCUGUCAACAGACUCAGGAUACUUGGAACACUGCAGGCUAGUCCUCCCUCCAUUUCCCCAGGCACUUCCCAGAGCAGCAGUCCAGAUGACAGUGAUUCAGACCCGGCCUUCAGCGUCAACAGAUCCUCCUCUGCAUCUGAAUCCUCUCUAGUGACGGCUCCCAGCUCCCCUCUCAGCCCUCCAGUCUCUCCCAGCUCAGAGUUGCCUCCUUCUGACAAAAACGGGGAAUGCACCAUUUGCUUCGACCAGGAAGUGGACACGGUCAUUUAUACGUGCGGCCACAUGUGUCUUUGCAACGACUGCGGACUGAAACUCAAGCGGCAGAUCAAUGCAUGCUGCCCGAUAUGCAGGAGGCCCAUCAAGGAUGUCAUCAAAACGUAUCGGCCGUGAUGGUUGUCGGCACUGUGAUGUCAGCCUCCUUUUGUCAGGCUUGUCUGGGCGCCAAAUGCAGAUUAGCCAUACAAGGACAGAAUGUGCCUAUAGGAUUUGAUAUGGUAAAUCAUCUCUGGAAAAAGACUGUCAGAACUGCAAUGACGCUCAUCUUAGUGAAUAGAUGCAUACAGUACAUGAGCUUCUCUACAGUGUUUUUGGUAAAUAAUUACCCGCCACUGUUCUUUUGUAAAUCAAUGUCAUUAUUUCUCCUCUUAUGUUCCCAUAUAUAUUUACAUAAUUCAAUUCAUCCAGUAUUUUAUGCUUCAGCGGGAAAAUAUAUUACUUUAGUGCCUUCUAUUGAGACAUCUCUGUCUAAUUCUUUAAGUGACAAUCCAGGCUAUAUUUUGUAAUGAUAUUAAAGGCUUGUGGGUGGAAAAAAGACAGAAGAAUUGAAGCAAUAAAAGGAACCGUGGUAAGUCGAAGGUGUGUAUGUACCCUACAUGUGGUCACGGACUGAAAGUGUCAUUGAAUGGAUUGGACGUGUGUCAUUUCAGGUACCUCUGUAUGUUCUAUUCAAAGUUUCAAUUAUUGUUUUGAUAAAAAAAAAAAAUCGAACGCAAUCAGCUCAUUGUAUGUGUGAUUAAAAAUAUCAGAUUUGGUGUGUUCUUUUGCAGUGGAUUUAAUUACAUUUGAAAUCACGCAGGCAAAAAAAUGGUGUAA